CUGACACCAGGUGCUGGACAAAGGGAGCUGCAGAGCUUCCCUUGGCCUCGGGGAGUCCUUGCUGCCUUUCCCACAGGCCCGGAGCACCUCUUUACAUCCAUUUUGCUCCAUUUUUCGCUGUAGCCAAGACACUCCACAACCUGGGUGGCAAACAACCGGUCCCAGGCAGUUGAAAGCAGCGCCAGCCUCCCCCUCCCACCCCCACCCCUGCUGCCGUCCCCAGGCUGAGGCAACGCCAUGGAAAACGUCCAGGAGGUGUUUCAGAAGGUGGAGAAGAUCGGAGAGGGCACCUAUGGAGUGGUGUACAAGGCUCGCAACAAGCGCACCGGGCAGCUGGUGGCCCUCAAGAAGAUCCCUUUGGAUUCGGAGAUGGAGGGUGUUCCCAGCACUGCUGUCCGAGAAAUCUCACUGCUGAAGGAGCUGAAGCACCCAAACAUAGUCAGGCUCCUGGAUGUCAUACAUAGCCAGAAGAAGCUCUAUAUGGUGUUUGAGUAUCUGAAUCAGGACCUGAAGAAAUACAUGGACUCCUCCCAAACUGGAAAGCUUCCUUCAAACUUGGUCAAGAACUACCUGUUCCAGGUGCUGCAGGGUGUGAGCUUCUGCCACUCUCACAGAGUCAUCCAUAGGGACCUGAAGCCACAGAACUUGCUCAUUAAUGAAGCAGGAACAAUCAAGCUGGCUGAUUUUGGGCUGGCAAGAACCUUUGCCAUCCCCGUGCGCACAUACACUCACGAGGUGGUGACCCUCUGGUACCGAGCCCCUGAAAUACUGCUGGGGUGCAAAUACUACUCAACUGCUGUGGAUAUCUGGAGCAUCGGCUGCAUCUUUGCAGAAAUGGUGAACAGGAAGGCUCUGUUUCCAGGGGACUCAGAGAUCGAUCAGAUCUUCCGGAUCUUUCGCACCCUGGGCACUCCCACUGAGGCCACCUGGUCUGGGGUGACCCAGCUGCCUGACUACAAGCAGGAUUUCCCUCGGUGGGCAAGGAGAGAGAUGAAGGACAUUAUUCCCAGCUUAGAUCAAGAUGGCAGAGAUUUACUGGUGCAACUGCUCCUGUACGACCCCAGCAAGCGCAUCUCAGCCAAGGCAGCUCUGAGUCACCAGUACUUCAGCAGAAGCCCUCAGAGCCCUGGAGAGCAACGUGAGCUGCAGAGACACUGCAGAUGAGGAGGAACAGUGCUCCCCAUGGACUUGCACCUUCGGGUAGCAGUGCAGGUCUAGUUUGGGGCACUUAGCAGGGGGCUGGCUGGGACCCAGGGUCUCACUUCUGAGAAGCCUGGAAAGGAACGUUCUUGUGUUUAUAGAGACUCUCAGCCUGUUGUUGGGGGAAAGUUUGUCUGAGUUACAACCAGUAGAGCUGUUCUGAAGAGGCCAGGGGGGGUAUUUUUCAGCAUAAAACACUGAAAAAUGUAAACGGGAGAGCAUCUUUCAGAGGUUUGUCCUUGCAUUAGUCAGCAAGCUAAGGUGUGAGACACAGUGAUCUGUGGCUCUUCCCGCACUGAGCCUCCUGGGGACUGUCGGUGGCAGUUUCUGACACCAGGGUGUGCUGGAGCUUUACCUUGGGUAGAGGAGCGCUUCACUGCUCAGCCCUUUGCUGCUAUCAGAGGCUGAGUUUGUCAGCGCUUGUGUAACAGAGCUGACAUUCUGCUGUCACACAAGCUCAAGAGCUCC